AGAAAUACUAUCAUAUCAGAAGCGAACAGUUUUCUUCAUUUUCUCAAGUCUUGUCAGGAUGAAGACAAAGCUUUCUGGGUUUAUCAGGAUGAUAAUAAAAUAUCGAUAUGCACUGAUGAGCCUCUUCUCAGCAUGAUCGAAGGAAACCAGCCCGUUUUCAUUUGUGAAAAGAUGGUAACCCUGCCUCCAUUGCCAGUUGACCCUGUGGAACUGGAAAGCAAAGAGGAUAUCAGUCUCAGUGAAGAAGCAGAUGUUAAACUGCAGGAUCUUGACAUUGGGCCACAACCACUCACUGUCAAUAAAGCCAGACAGAUGUUGUCAUGGUACACCAUGUCUCAGAACCCCAACAUGCCCAAAGUGGAUGCUCACGUCCUGCCACCUCUCUGGGUUCGUUGUGACAUGGAUGACCCUGCUAACACUUGCUGGCUGGGUGCAGAAACAGUCUACGCUGGCAGCAAAGCCACAGCUGUCAAACUGUACACAGUCUGCUGUAAAGGGGCAGCAGUGGACGAAACGAUCACGAUGGACCAGCUGAAACAAGAACACCAGAACAGACACCACUCCUCAGCAGUGCUGACAAAAGGCCUGGCUGAAUACAACCUGUUCUGCUCAGUGAGAGAGGAGAGUCUGAUUGUGGAGUCUCAGAGCAGUGUUACUGCCACCUUUAGAUGGAAUAAUGUUGAGAAAAUGUUGGAGAUCCCUCCUUUGUCAUCUGCUGUUACUCUGCAUAUCAAAGUGUCAGUUGGGGACAUAAGAAGCCCGAUGUAUCAGACCUACAGAGAGAUGGAAUUUCUUCUGUCCCUGGCUGAAGGUUUGAGGACAGGAGAGAUCGAGUGGAUAGAACCUCUUGAAACAAAGUCUCCUAUGGAAUUAACCAGAGCGCUCAUAGAAGAGCUGGAGAACCUUGCCAAUGCUGUCCCUGGCCAGAAUUUAAAAUCAGAGAACCAAAAGACCAAAAAUGAUUCGGUGCUAGCUUUUAGCUCUAUGAUAUUGGAGAGAGGGGAUCUGGACUUCACCGAACAGCUCUGGAAUAAAAUGCGGAGGAGUGUGGCCUCAUAUCAAGACAUAACAGACUCUCUAAAAUUAGUCAUCAAAGCUGUGCGGUUUGGUCAGAUUAAACCUUGGGUGCACAGGGACAGCAGCAGCUCUCUGAGUAAGCUCAUAGUGCAGUCCUAUCAGCAGCAGGUGGACACAGUGCCUCUCACUGGCCUCACUCCUGCUAUCAUGCUGUUGGAGCUAGGUCUGGACAAGAUGAGAAAAGACUACAUCAACUACCUAGUUGGUAAGGAGCUGACGACGCUCAACCAUUUGAGUUACUACCUAAGCGGUGAGGUGGACCUACAGGAGCAGGUGAUCAGACUUAGAAAACUGCACCAUCUGCUGGAGACCCUGGGCACCCUCAGCAGCUUUCUCAACUUGCCCCAUGAGCGUCUGUUCUUCUUCACACAGUCUUGUUUGCAGUACUACAAAUCUGCACCUUAUGACGAACUACACGUGUUCCAAAUGCAAAUCAAACCUGCCCUUAUCAGCCACUUUUACCAGACUGAGCAGCCGUCUUCCUGGAGAGUGGAGGUGUCUAGUGGACAGGGGUCAAGAGAAGUAAAAACCUCCUGGCAUCUCAGUGAUAAACCUCUAGUAAAUCACGUCACAUUUGAUACAGAUCUACCACUGGAGGUGUCGGUGAGUGCCGAAAAUGAAAAGACACCCUACUUCAGAACUAUGGUGUGCUGCAGCCUGGCCAACUUCAGUUAACAGGUCUGUAUUAAUAUAAAUGACUGCACCAAAGGAAAAGAAGAAACAGGCUUCUACUUUCAUCACUGCAUAAAAACCCACUGCUAUUCUGAUGUUAUUUUGACUAACUUGUUGUAUUUGUAAUAAAUGUAUAUUAUAUAAACAG